UCCCGAGGGGGAAUGGAGGGAGAUGCCGAAGGUAGGGUGUUUUUUACACCAGAGGAGUCCAUGGCUAUUUCAUACGUCUUGGAGGUGAAGCAGGCGCUCCGGGACCAACAGGAAAAGUACGACAUGUUCAUACAGAGCUUCGUAGAUCACCAGACUAGAAUCAAUACAGCAGAACUUAUCGAAAGAGUGAAGGAAAUAUUCGAAGGGCAUGACGAAUUGAUCCGUGGGUUCAACGCUUUCUUGCCGGAGGAAUCCAGAAUAGCGGUGGACGAACCGCUGGUGAGGGAGCAGCCUGUCACUUACAAAGAAACCGUCGGUUUCGUCCUCAAGAUCAAGGAAUGUUUUCGGAACCAAGAACAUGUUUUUUUAGCGUUUUAUCACAUUCUCAGUAGGUACCUGCACGGGGAGGACAUCGGCGUGACCUACAGUGAGGUUGCUCGCCUUUUUGCCGACCAUCCGGACUUAGUCGAGGAAUUCAAGAGGUACUUGCCCGACAACUUUGGUUUCGAGGAGGAGCUCAGCUCUAUGACCGCACUGACCUCAUGCCGAUUGCAAAUGGACUGUUAUUCUGAGGAUGAAGUUACACAAGACUGCGCCAAUUUGGACCACAGUGAGGACAUGAUGAAGAAGGUGCCAAAGGACAAUCGGGAUGCAACUGGAUCUGAUAUGAAUUGAUCAUUACACAGGAUACAUUAUAUGGAAGAACAUUGGAUCAAUAUAUUCAGUUUUCUCUGUAGUACUUUUUCUUCUGCAUUUAUGGUUCUGAAUUAGUUUGUAAGCCAUCGUCAUCUUAUGAAU